AUGGCCCGACGUGGAUUGAACGCCAAAAGAUGUGCGUGCUUUCUCUUCAGCUGGAACCUAGUUGUCACAUUCAUCGGAGGUCUAACCUUCUUCUGGGGUCCCCUAAUUAAGGUCAACCCGUCUAAACCGCCACGUGAGUGCACAAACGGGUUCACCGACGCUUUCCCCAAUGCAUACGUACCUGGUGAAUGCCUGCCCUGGUGUCAUGAGAGCAUAGGUCCCAGGAGUCAUAUUGAAUAUUUUCUGGUGACCCCUAUGCUUGGGUACAUCUUUGCCACCGACGCCGACCUCGGGGUCGAUGCAAACAACAUCAUUCUGUGCUGGAAAGUGGAGACGGCUUCGUUUGGGCUUUGGCUUUGGCCUUCUGCUGGGCAUGCUUACGUGGCUGCGGCCGUUUAUGGCUUUGCGAGGUUCAUGUUGCUCGUCUACUUCUGGAGGACCACCCCCAAGCAACUUUGUCGCCUUGGUCCAAAGCAGGACAGACUAAAGCGGAACGGACCCUUCGCCGCAGGACGCUGCAAAGCACCUCUCUGCUGCAUCUCAGUCAGCUCGGACCGUGAAGCCUCCAAAUGGAACUUGUGCUUCUCAGCGGUUUUCCUGUCCUUGGGGCCAGCCCUGGAUGCGCUGUCCAUCAUCACCUUCGUGAGAUGCGGGCAGAUCCUCUAUGCGGCCGUAGCAAUGACCGGUGUUACGCUGGCAAUUGCUGAAAAGUUUGACCCCCUCCCGACCACUGGUGCUAAAGCCAUGGCCCAGAGCCUUGCCCAAGGCUUUGCAACGCUCCGUUUGCAUGAGCACAGAGCAUCUGAGUUGUUUCAGAGCGUUGCAGUUACCAUGGCGCAGUGCAUUGCGCUGCUCCGGGCAGUAGCAGAAUCACCGUCGAGCUGGGUAAUCAACCUUUUGGCAGGUCUCAGCGUUAGCUUGUUCAUUACUAUACCGGAACAAAGCAGAUCGUGGAUAUUGACCACUUCCGAGGAAGCUCCCUUGUUUCAGGACUUCUACGCAAUGGAGAGGACGAAGGCCAAGAUGGGCAUAUGUUCGACACAUGGGAACUCAUUGAUGUGUGUACUUCUUUCACCAGCAGUUUGGCUAUUUUGGCCUGCGGAUUCACCCACCUCAAGGGAUAUCUUGUGGCUUGAGUGGCCAAGCACCCCUGGGGCAUGGCUCACCAGCUGCGGGGCCCUUUUUGUUUUCAAAAUGGCUGUCGUCCUUACAACAGGGCUUUUCUGGAUUCUGAGUUGUUUGGGACUUUUGGUUCUCUGUCUCUGCGGCGGCCUCCGCGACUUCGAGCAUGCUCCUCUUCCGGCACGAGAAGUGGAAUUGGCUGUAGACAAUCCACGACUGCUUGUUUCGGCUUAG